AUGGAAGAGCCCACCUACGACCCAAGCUGCCCCCUCGCAACCACCACCGUCGUCUACCAAUACAAACUAGUCAACUGCCCCGGCAAGACCAUCGUCGGCCUGCUCGUCGAAUACCCCCCCAACGGCGCCACGCCGCCCCACCGACAUGGCGGCGCGUCCGUAUCAGCCUACGUGAUCAAGGGCUCCGUGCUGUGCAAGAUGAACGACGACCCGAUGCGGACGAUCGAGCAGGGCGGGUCGUGGUACGAGGCGCCCGGGUGCCAUCAUCGGAUCAGCGCCAACGCCAGCACGACGGAGCCGGCGGCGUUCUUUGUGAGCUUCGUGCUGGAGACGGAGGUGUUGGAGCGGGAGGGACCGGGGGUGUUGGUGCAGAUCGAUGAGGAGUAUAGGGGGGUUGUUGCGAGCAAGAUGAAGAUGGAGGCGUGA